AUGCAUUUCGGCCUUCUAAUCGUCACGUUAGGCCUAUGGGCGACACUGGUUUCUUCCUGUCCUGAUAUGAGUGAGCUCACCGAUUACGCACCUUGGGGGACUUUAGCAAACAUCGGACGAUUAUCGCGCAAGUCCCCUUAUUGGCCCAACGGAAUUGUCAAGUGGUGCUUCGAAUCUACUGGCAAAUAUGCAGUCAGUGAUGAAUUUAAAGCGAGGUUUGAGAAGGGUCUGAAACUAUGGACCGACUAUACCGAUCUUCUGGUAAAAUUCCAGAGGAAAGACGCAUGUCCUGCAACCAACAAGGAAUCUGCCCAUUUCCUUCGUGUGCGAUUGGACCCGAAGGCCAAACUUUGCAUGACCACAAAUGGCUACAAGGGCGAUCAAAUGAUACAUGACUUUGGAGAUCCCCCCAAUAUUUGA